AAAAAGACGUCGAAAGCCACUUCUGGCCUGCGCCAGCUCUUGUCCUCUCAUCCUACUAUAUACUAUGUACAAUCAUGCAAUAGAUGUACUAUUCGAGGAAUCUACCAUCAAUUGCCCUCGCGCACCAUACAAUGAGUACAGCCUCCUUGCGCUUACGUUGGAGUGUCCCUCCUGCGUUUCUGGCAGCAUGGGGUAGCUGGAACUAUGCGAGUCGCGAUUGCUUACGGGCUGAUGGCUCCUCACGAGCCUGGAAUCAGAAGCUUGCUUAUAGCACGUCUACUCUGCACAAAUCCGAUAGCGACAAUCAGUCCACGAAUACGUCACCAAGCAAUGCUAGACCGGAAUCUCAGACAGCAUGGACGAUAUUCACGGAUAAGUUCGCGGCCGCCAGAGAAUCAUUCGCAUCGGUCGAGCUGGCAAUGAUUGGUGACAAUAUCAAGAACUUUAUCCUGCCUGACUGGGCUCGGUUACUCCCCGCUACCGUACAAAAGCUUCAGCGCGAAUUGUCCAUGGCACCUGGCUCCCUCGCCGAUGACAUAUGGAAAGAAGCCCACGACCCUUAUAUAAAUCCGGAAAUUGCUGUCGAAGCGAAGGUGCGGGUUGGCGAUUCCCUAUGUCCGGAGGAAGUCCAGUUCCGUCGCAAUCGGCAAAAACACGUUGUCAAGGCAUUGGCCAAAUAUCUGGACUUGAAGGAAGAGGAUAUCCAUCCGGAUGAUGUCCCAGUCAUAGCAAUGUGUGGAUCUGGUGGAGGUCUACGUGCUCUUGUUGCCGGCUCAGGUUCCUACCUAGCUUCACAGGAAGCUGGGCUCUGGGAUUGCGUCACAUACACAGCCGGCGUAAGUGGGAGCUGCUGGCUACAAACUCUCUAUAACUCGUCUCUAGGAGGCUGUGACUUCAAUCGACUUGUGGCACACUUGAAAGCUCGACUAGGGGUGCAUAUCGCCUUCCCACCGAAAGCGCUUAAUUUAUUGACUACCGCCCCGACAAACAAGUACCUACUUAGUGGGUUGGUUGAAAAGCUGAAAGGCGACCCGGACGCAGAUUUUGGUCUUGUCGAUAUCUAUGGGCUACUGCUCGCUGCACGUCUACUUGUGCCCCGUGGCGAACUCGAUGUCUCAGAUAGAAACUUGAAAUUAUCCAACCAGAAGGAUCUUGUUCAAGAUGGAAGCAAUCCUCUACCUAUAUAUACUGCGGUUCGCCACGAAAUUCCUGUAUCAGAUAAGGAUGAUAUCACAGGACGUCGAGCAGUGGAGAAGGUAAAAGAAGAGGCUCUGAAAGAAGCAUGGUUCCAAUGGUUUGAAUUCACUCCAUACGAACUUUUCUGCGAGGAGUUUAGCGCUGGAAUCCCCAUGUGGGCUGUUGGUCGACACUUUUACGAAGGGCGGGAUCAACAUCGUGAUGAAUACCCGGUCCCUGAACUCCGAAUUCCAGCCUUGAUGGGCAUAUGGGGUAGUGCCUUUUGCGCAACGCUCGCGCACUAUUAUAAGGAGAUUAGACCCGUUGUCAGGGGCCUUGCGGGCUUUGGGGGUAUUGACUCGUUGAUUGAAGGAAAGAAUGAUGAGCUGAUUAAAGUCCAUCCGUUUGAUCCUGCAUCAAUACCGAACUAUAUCCUAGGAAUGAAGGGGGAACUUCCAGAAUCAUGUCCAGAAUCUGCUUUGAGCAACCCUCAUCUACAAUUGAUGGAUGCCGGGAUGAGCAAUAACCUCCCUAUCUACCCACUACUUCGCCCGGGGAGAGAUGUUGAUAUUAUUGUUGCAUUCGAUGCGUCCGCAGAUAUCAAACAAGAGAAUUGGUUGUCCGUGGUAGAUGGAUAUGUCCACCAACGAGGCGUUCAAGGAUGGCCUUUAGGAGCUGGGUGGCCACCAGAAGACAUUCAACCGGAAGAAACUGCAAACAUGAUCAGCGAAAUGGACGAACUAAGUGAAUCGAAAUCCAAUGAAAAACUCCACGAGGCACAAGAACAUGAUCCCAACACCAAAGAUAGAACGGGACCUCUCCCAGACACACUGAUGAGGUCUGACUCCCGCUACGAUAGCAGGUCAAAAAAAUCCACAACUUCCGACACCGACUUGACCUACUGCAACGUAUGGCUGGGCACUAAGCAAGAAAUGACUUCUGACAAGCGACCUCCCCCAUCAAAGAGAUUAUUCCACCCUAGUCACGGUGACGAGAGUAGCUCAGACUUCCAUCUGAUGCAACCCGACGCCGGAAUCGCCGUGAUCUACUUCCCUCUCCUCCCAAACCCGUCUGCACCAGACUACAACCCUCCUAGUACAGACCGAUCACAAAUCGCACAACCUCACAAAUCAGCAUCCGACGAUGAUGAAAAGGCCGCCUCCCCAAUCCCCAAACCGAAUUCCAUCAACCCUGACGUGGACGAUUUCCUAUCAACCUGGAACUUCGUCUAUACCCCGGAACAAAUCGAUUCAGUCGUCGGAUUGGCAAAGGCGAAUUUCGCCGAGGGCGAAGCACAGGUUAAACGUGUCGUGCGCGGUGUAUACGAACGACGCAAACGGGAUCGUCUACAGCGCGAGAAGCUUGCGAAGGAAAAAGCUGCGGAUAGACAGAUGGAUGAAUUGAAGAGACGACAUGAAGGAUAUGCGCCUAUUUAUUGAGUUAUGGAUUUGAGAUUUGGAUUUUGAGAGGAGAAAUGAGUUGAAUGUUUAUAUACCCCGUAUAAUUUCUGCAGCUGUAGCAAUAGUUGUACUAAUACUUAGAUUAGAUUAGAUUUCCAUUGUGUUGGAACUUAGAAGUGUUCAUUAUACAAGGC